UGAGCGAGCGCUCAGUUCAGCGCAGCCAAGUGCAUAUUAGACGAGGCAGCCGCGAACGCCGUGCAUUCGCCGGCGAGCGCUCGCUCAGAGUGGAGAGUGCCUGCGACUUGCGAGUGUGUACCGCGUGUUUUUACUCUCUUUCUCUCUCUCUUGCGCGCGCGCGCGCGCGCGUUCGAUCUCCUCACGUCAAGUGCCACGCUGUGCGGUGCGACCGUCCGAAAUUCGCGAACGCGAAUAUACUACUCCAGGAAAUUCCACGUCUGGAGUUCACGUUCUUUAUGUGUUUCAAAAAUCACGCAUUUCUCGGCGAUAAUCAUUGUCGAAUUUGCCAAGUGCGAUCUCUGACCGUCAAGUUGUGAAUGGACACACGAAUCCUCGGGUAUCGAGACGUGUUCUUGAAAUAAUCGUGGAGUGGUGCUCAAUGCAUUAGAAGAGUUUAAGCUUUCAAGUGCUGUUCUCGGGUUUCUAAACAUUUACCGCCGGGUUGACGUAUCACAGCGAUACCGAGUUGUGACCGGCGAGUUUUUAAUCGAUUUUUGAUCGCUGAAUUCUAACUGCCACGCUCCAAUCCAAUAAUUGUGCAAGUGUAACUGUUAGGAUAUCAGCGCAGCGUCGGCCGCUGCGGGACGAGUGAACGAGCGAACCAGGCUCGUUCGGAAACCACCCUGGCUUCCGAAGGUGCGAAAAAGGAGGAGACCGUAAUUCUGAAUCGUGCUGUCCAGUUUGACGUUCGGUGUGAGGAUCGGGGAAAGGAAGAACGGAAGAAUUUAGAGGAAAUCGAAGAGGAAGCGCUUUCUUCGUAUUUUUCAUAUUUUUAUCAAAUUAAUUAGUAACGCUAAAUAAUGCGUUGACACUUGAUGAGAAAAAAAAACAGAAAGAGAGAGAAAGAGAGAGUGAGUGCGGAUCAGCUGAAAUCCUUGGUUUCUACUUAAAACUAAAUAUCGUAAGUGGACCAAUAAGUGGAUACUAGUCGUUCGGAUAAGAGACAGGCAAAGGGAACGAUUUAUUUGAUUAAUAUAUACAAUCGUUUGACAGUUGGAGAACAAAGAUUUUACAGAAAUCUCUGUCUAAGAGAUAGAGUCUUACUGGAGAGAGAAAAGGACGAGAGGAAAACAAACAAACGGCGUCACGUGACAUUUGUCAUCUUGAAGAAGAAAUCGUGAUAAGAUAACACGGCGGUCGUUGCUGCUAAUAAACGUGCUCGAGAGGGCACAUUGUGAUUUUCUUGACGAAGGACGCGAGAUUGUAAUCGCGGCUGUCAUUCUUGAGAAAGGAGCUCGAUCGCGCUCGAUUCGGAGCUUCGCAGUGAGUCACAAGAAUCGUGCAAGAUCGGCGUGUCGUCGCGCGGCUGCAAAAAGGAGGCUGUAUUACUCAACACGCGGCUUUAUCGAGGAUCCCGCGCGAAGGAAGAAUCGCGUUCGACAUGCCAGACGGGGACUCGUAAUCGCGGUUACGUGGUUCUCUCUCGUUCACCAGGUAGAAAACGACACACGGGAAUCUCCGAUAUCGGCUGCCUGUUCAUCGAUCGUCGCCCGAUGGUUUCCUCCGAGUCGCCUGGAAUUAGCAAGGAAGAUUCUAAUUAACGCUGCCAUUAAUAGCUCCAUAUCUAAGCAGUGACGACUUCAGCUGAUGAUUAAUAGAUAACCGCCGAUUAAAUACCUGAUCGAGGCAAAGAACGAGAGCGAGAGGAGAAGGGUUUUUCGCUGUUUUCUUUUCGAAAUAACGUUCCUGUGCUUCAACACUGCGCCAUAAUCAUCAAUUCUCUAUUCAUUCUACGUAAUUCUUCUGAAACGCUAGAUUAAGAUCCGUACGGUUUCUUUGCCUCGAAAACUCUCUUUCUUUCUCUUUUGCGUGUAAACGAAAGAGAAUUUAAUUAAGUGCACGAGAGAUUAAUUAACGAUUGAUAAUUAUACCGCUAUGAAAUUGAGCAAUGAUGACUUGAGCAGAUGAUCGACUGUUCGUUACAAUAAUUAAUUUCGUAAGAGUGUUGCGAGUGUCGCGUGUGCUCGAGAAGGACAUCGGCCCUUUUUGUGCGCGCGAGUGAAUGUCGGUGUUCCGUUGAGGAAUAAUAUGAGUAAGUAAGUGACGGCGGUAAAGUGCAAAGUGAUGUAAUUGGUGCAUUCGCUGCGGAGGCAAUGUGUGAUGCCAAAUCAGCCCGAAUGACACUUAGCCCACGCAGCUGAUGACAAACGUAAACAGGAUCAAGGUGGUCGUCCUCGGCGGCCCCAGAGUCGGUAAAUCAGCCGUGGUUGUGCGGUACUUGACGAGGCGAUACAUCGGCGAGUAUAGCUCGACCAGUGAUUUUCUCUACCGACACAGCGUCACUAUUGAUAAUGUCACGACGGAGGUCGAGAUACUUGACACAUCUAGGUGCGAGGAGAAUGGCUGUCUGUACUCACAUAUACGGUGGGGCGAGGCCUUCGUCGUGGUCUACAGCGUGACAUGUAAACGGAGCUUUCAGGAAGCUCGUGGACUUCUCAAACAACUCGCAGAUCUACGCCUGCCAUCCUAUUUCACCGCCCUCCUACUCGGCAACAAGAGAGAUUUGGAUCAUGCACGAGAAGUGUGCGUGGACGAAGGCCAACAGCUGUCGCUGGCGCACGGAUGUCAGUUUUACGAGGUGAGCGCCGCGGAGAGUCCCGCGGGAGCGGCGUUAGCUUUUCAGGCACUCCUGCGGGAGGCGAGAUCGGUCCAACUUCUGCGAGCGUUGCCGAUCCGCAGAAAACUGGGCGUACACUCAGUCUCGAGAGUCCUCGGGACGAUCUUCGGCAAGAACACCACCAAGGAUCGUAAAAAGAGGCCAUCGUUGAGUAUAUGACGCCUUCUAUGCGCCCUCCUCCUCGGAGGACGAGAUGAGCCAGGCAAGAGAACUGACAUCGUCGUCCUCAGCAGUAACGUUUACUCCAAUCGUUGACGAGGUCCUGAUAAGGACGUAGAAUCUCCUUUGUGCCUUCCUGAAGAAAUACGGUUAUCAUUAGGAUCCGAAGACUGUUCUCGGUCUUAGAAGCGUCUUUUUGACGAGAGAGCGAUCCUUUUCUUCAGGCGAAGAAAUAUGCAUUUGCUAAUGGCAAUCAAACUCCCGAAGUUUUGAAGCAUAUUCGGGGAACUAAAACUCCGAGGACGUAAGACUGAUUUUCUGGCUUUGAAGAUAUGCAGGAUCCAAGGUACGAUACACUCUAGAAGUCUGAAGUGCAGAGUAUCUAAGGCUCUUUUUAACAUCCGGUAGCUGAAAGUUCACUUCGAGAAGUCCCAGUCAUGGAGGGCGGCAACAUUCAU